UUCAGCAGAAGCAGAAGAUCCCAUCUCAGGUGACGGCUGAAGACAUCAUCGGUUUGCUUUUGAAGGAAAGCAAAAAUACUAUGAGGGAACGGUGAGUUACUGAGACACAUACAGACAGUCCACCACGACACCUUGAACUCUCCUCAUGUCACACUAAUAUAACUAAUACUUUAAAGAGCAACAAGAAAAAUAAAACGUCUGUGUUUCUGUUUGAAGCCUCUGGGCGUUUGAACUGGAAGAUUUUGAUGAGGACGAUGCCAAAUCUCUGCUGACGCUGGUAAGACACGAGUCCUGAGAAGACUUACAGUAGUUUGUUACAAUAUGCUAAUUUCAUCCUCUAAAGCUGCAUGUCAAUGUCAAAACUGCACUUUAGGCCUAAUUCCCUGUUUCAGGUGUGGGCAGUAAAUGUCAGCAACAAAAAGAGGGACAUUGAGUUUGAAGCCCAGAUGCUCCUCAACUCUCCAGAGGCCGUACCUGCUACUUUUCAACAACCUAAAGUCCUCAGCAUGGCCAAAAAGUUCGCCAGGAUCCUGAGAAAGAAGCAGAGGAAGGCUCCCAGCUUCAAACUGCUCAGUCCAAAAGAGGUAGUCCUCGAGGUCGUUCCCAGAGUCCUGCAGGGCUUCUGGGUGCUUCCUCCUCUCCCCCUGUUAAACAUGCCUUCCCAGAGACUUAGCAAAAUGUCUGUUGGGGUUACAAAGGCUGUUCUGGACCAAGUCUCCAAUGCUUUAACCACUGUGGAACAUCAGGUCAUCUUCUCUCGCUCCAUCAGGGAUGAAAUGGUCCAGUCUAUCAUGAACAAGAUCAGACAGACGUUCUCUCAUGACGUCUUGGUGAACAAGAUCAAGCGUUUUGCACCAGUGCUGCUGAGUGAGAUUGUUGAAGUUGCAGUGGGACAGAUUAGUGGGAUGUUUCAGCCCCAGAGCCCAAAAGCAACGGCUCAUCUGACACCCACUGUCGAACCUGCUGCCACCACUCCAAUCCAGGAGGAUUUAAACCUGGCUGUGACUGAGAAGCUGCUAACAACCAGUCUAGAGAUAAACUCUGUGGUGGUGUCAACUCCACCACCUUUUCCAACUCCACCUGCUGACCCUCCAUCCAUUCCUGAUGUUGAGGCCAGGGAGGAUAUAGAUGACACACCCUGCCUUGAGAAUGACCAAAAACCCACUGGAGUGGUCUCAUCCUCUCCAUCACCUCCUGCUGAACCUCUGUUUGUUACUGAGGCCAGGUUGGAUGAAACUGAAGAACCCUGCCUGGAGAAGGACCCAAAGCUCACCAGCUGCUCUCCCAGCUCCACUGACCCAUCCUGCUGA